ACAUCAGAAGCUCACGAUGUGUCGCCGGCAUAGCACAUCAUUCUAGGCCUAGCCGCUGAUCGGGCAGGACUUGCCAGUUCAGAAAAUAGUUACCCAAAAAAAAAUAAAAUCCAAGUCGCGUUUACAAACCGUUUUGUGCCUGAGUUCUUGUUGAGUUUGAAAAACAAAAAAAAAUCCAUUAAAAUUCGUUAAGUUUGGCGGUCGAGUGCCUUUUGUACCGUUUCGGUUCCUGUUUUUCGUCAUAGUUCGUGCCUUAUCCCUAAGAAGUAUUCUUAACUUUUAACUUGUCGUCGAGUGCCUUGGACAGAUACUUUACUUUUAAUAGAACCUAAGUCGAUGCGAUUCAAUCGCCGCUCAAAAAACUCUGCCACUAAUUUGCCUUAGAACAGAAAAAACACACAAAAAAUCAAAAAAAAAAAAAAAAUCUGAAAAAUUUGUUACAAAGCUUUACACGUUUUUAACAAUAUAUAUACACAAAGUCACACGUUUAUAUAUACUUUACAACAUUUACACGGAAGACGCUUUUACACUAGAGAACUCGUAAAAAUUUUAAAUGUUAUUUGUUAAAACCAACGAAAAUUGAGAAAUAUUGAAAAUUCCCACGUUAUUAUGAUGUAUACGCGUUUUUUGAGAUUUUCCAAAUUGUUAGCAGUUUUUGCCAUCGUUUUGUGUUGAGUAUUUGUAAAUUCAGUUUCGGUUCCGUACAAUUUCUGUACAAAAACGGUACGCUCCGUUUGCCAACACCACAAACGUGCCUCAGCUCGUCGAGCAGUUGCCCCGCAGGAUCCGCAGGACUCGCAGGAGUCGCAGGACACACCUGAUUCAGCGCUGCCGUCGCAGUCAACGAUUUUUAAAAUCCCCCUUUCAAAGCCCCGUAAUGCCUUUCGAUGACAACGUCAACCGAUCGAUCGCCAAAGACCUUGUUAAACACCAAAAUUACACUUCAAACACCAAACACCACACACACACACACGGAAACAUUCACUACGCCCGAGCGUGCCUUUAUAAGCAUUAAGCCCCAAAACCGUAACCGUAAGCUUUGUGCCUUAACGUUUUUCGAUCGCCAAUUCACGAUAAAUUAUAAACAUCUUCGAAAAGAACGUCAUUGUAAACAAGAUCCCACGAUGAGCCUUACAAAGUGUUCGAAAAUGCCUUUUGCAUUUUCCACAUCCUUGGGAGUUUACCCAAGGAAACGACGACGAGGCGGAGGAGAGAGGAAUAAAGGAAAAGGAGUAGAGGAAGUUGAAGUUAAGCGGCAAAGACGAAGCCAGGAUGUCCACGCUAUCGCUGCGCAUCCAGCUGGAAGGCGGUCGAGUGACCAAGACCAUACAGUUCCAGCCCAACACCACAGUCUUCGAUGCCUGCAAGGUCAUUCGCGAUAAGUUUGCCGAGGCAGUGCAAGGACAACCCAGCGAAUAUGGACUGUUCAUUUCCGACGAGCAGAACCAGCAGGGCGUUUGGUUGGAAGCCGGACGCACCCUGGGCUACUAUAUACUGCACAACCAGGACACCUUGGAGUACCGCCGCAAGCUGCGUACCCUUCGCGUUCGCAUGCUGGAUGGAGCUGUGAAAACCAUCCUCGUGGACGACUCCCAACCGGUGUCGCAGCUCAUGGUGGUCAUCUGCACGAAGAUCGGCAUCACCAAUCACGAGGAAUACGGAUUGGUGCGCGAGGACAACGAGGCGCAGAACGAGAAUCUGCCGGACAACAAAUUCGGUACUUUGACCCUCAAGCGCAAGAUUAUGGAGAAGGAUCGUGAUGCCAAAAUGGAGAGUUUGCGCAAAAAACUAAAGACGGAUGAUGAAAUGAACUGGGUGGAUGUGAGUCGCACUCUGAGGGAGCAGGGCAUCGAUGAGGCAGAAACUGUUUUGCUGCGCCGUCGCUUUUUCUUCUCGGACCAGAAUAUCGAUUCGCGGGACCCCGUGCAAUUGAAUUUGCUGUAUGUGCAAGCCAGGGACGCCAUUCUCGAUGGCACUCAUCCUGUUACUCAUGACAAAGCUUGCGAGUUCGCUGGCAUCCAAGUGCACAUUCAAUUCGGACCGCACAACGAGGCCAAGCACAAGCCCGGAUUUCUAGAUUUGAAGGACUUCCUGCCUCAGUCAUAUGUGCGCGUAAAGGGAAUCGAGAAGAAAAUCUUUGCGGAGCACCGAAGGCAUACGGAUCUUUCCGAAAUCGACGCCAAAGUUCUGUACACCAAGACCGCCCGGGAGUUGCCCACCUAUGGUGUUACCUUCUUCCUGGUCAAGGAGAAGAUGAAUGGCAAGAACAAGCUGGUUCCCCGGCUGCUCGGCGUGACCAAGGAUUCGGUGCUGCGUCUGGACGAGCGCACCAAGGAGAUUCUCAUCUCGUGGCCCUUGACCACAGUUCGGCGUUGGGGCGCCUCGCCAAACACCUUCACCCUGGACUUUGGCGACUAUGCCAAUCAAUACUACUCGGUGCAGACGACGGAGGCCGAGCAGAUUGUCCAGCUCAUCGCUGGCUACAUCGACAUUAUUCUCAAGAAGAAGCAGACCAAGGAUCAUUUCGGUAUCGAGGGAGAUGAGGGCUCCACCAUGGUGGAGGAGUCAGUGGCACCUUCCAAGGCCACCUUCUUGCAACACGAAACGAAUCGCAGUGAGCAACUCAAUGUGGAGAGCUUGGCUCAUCCGGGAAUUAUGCGCCCCUAUGACGGCGAGCGCUCCUUUAUGCAGAACGAAGUGCAGACCGUGCAGUAUGGUGCCUUCGUCGGCCAGGUGAACCAUGCCCACCAGCCGCCAUCGACUAAGGAAGUUCGCAUUAGUUCUGUGAAUCUGACGGAACCACAGCGGGCGCUGCUGGGUUACAUAUCCGCUGGCCAGGAUGUCUUGAUUCGCGCUGACGAGGAGCUGCGCACUAAGGCACCCAUUCAAGAACUUGGCAGCGAUCUGCGUUCCAUCGAGUGGCGCGAGAACACUUUGGACACCUCCAAGCAGGCUGUGAGCAGUCAUGUGGCCACCAUGAGCGCGGCCACGGCCCAGAUCAUCACCGCCUCUCACCCGGAUGAAGUGGAUACGGAGGCCAUUUCGGCUUCGGUCUCCCAGAUUGCCCAAACGAUUCCCGAGGUGACCAAGGAGGUGCGUCUGAUCGCCGCCUUGAUGGAGAACGAUUCGAACGGUGACCAACUGCUGGAGGCUGCCCGCAAUCUGUGCAACGCCUUCAGUGAUCUCCUCAAGGCAGCCGAGCCGGAGAGCAAGGAGCCGCCCCAGCAUCUGAUCAAUGCGGCCAGUCGAGUGGGCGAAGCCACCACCCACGUGCUGAGCACAAUUGCCGAGGAGGAGGUGCCCGAGAACCGCGACCUGCACGACAUGCUCCUCGCUUUGGCCAAGGCGGUUGCCAAUACCACUGCCGCCUUGGUGCUGCGUGCCAAGAACAUUGCCGCCAGCUGUGAGGAUGAACAGGCGAGGAAUCGGGUGAUUGGAGCUGCCAGUCAGUGUGCUUUGGCCACCAGUCAGUUGGUGGCCUGCGCCAAGGUGGUGGCACCCACUCUGCACAACGCCGCCUGCCGGGAACAACUGGAAGCGGCGGCCAGGAAUGUGGCAAGGGCUGUGAACUCCCUGUGCGAAGUGUGCAACGAGGCCAGCAACGAUCCCAAGCUGAAGGCCGAUCUGCUGGCAGCCGCACGAGAUGUGUCCAAGAGCCUCACCGACAUGUUGGAGCACGUGAAGCUGAGCACCAGGGAGCACGCCAACCGCACCAGCACCGAGCUGAGUCCCGUCGAGAACGUGAUCAUUGGCACCGACAUCCUGGUGUCCACCCACGAUCCCCAGGAGAUGGUGCGCCAUGCCCGCACCCUGGGACAGACCACUGCCCAGCUCAUCCAGAGCAUCAAGGGCGAAGCGGACCAGCAGCAGGAUGCGGACAUGAAGCGUCAUCUGUUGUCCGCCGCCAAGCAGCUGGCCGAUGCCACCGCCAAGCUGGUGGAGGCGGCUCGCCUCUGCUCCUCGAAUCCCCACGAUUCGGACAACCAGAACGCUCUGCGAAAGGCAGCGGAGGAGUUGCGGGAGAUCACCACCACGGCGGCCAACACACCGGCGAUGAAGCGCGGACUCAUUCAGCGCUUGGAGUUCUGCUCCAAGCAGGCAGCCUCCGCAGCAACCCAGUGCAUCUCGGCGGCACAGAAUGCAGUGCAGCACAGCCAGGAUCAUCAGACCAAGGAAACCCUGCUGCAGGACUGCAAGCGAGUGGCGGACACCAUUCCCCGAUUGGUUACCUCCCUGAAGACGACCCGUGCCCAACCCGACGAUCCCAAUGCCCAGUUCAAUCUCAUCGAGGCAGCGGAACAGUUCAUCGAGCCGGCUCUGCAGGUGUCGAAAUCCUCGAGAGCCCUGCAGCCCACAGUCACCGACAUCCCUUCGGCCACUCAACUGUCGAAGAGUGCUCUCCACUUGGGACAGAGUGUCUCGGAGCUGCACUCGGUGGCCCAGCGUGCUCGCGAUGCCUGCGGUGGUCAGGAGUUGGAGUCGGCCCUCGAGGAGGUGCGCAAACUGCACGACGUGUUGGACGAUACACGCCAGGCGGCUCUCGCCAACCAGUUGCGUCCGCUGCCAGGACAAACGGUGGAGAACACGGCCGAUGAGCUGAGGAAGUCCGCCAAGAAUGUGGGCAUCGCCUUGAGCCAGCUGCUCUCCUCUGUGCUGCACAACCAGCGCAGCUAUGCUGGAGCUGCUGGCCGGGACACUGCCCUGGCACUGGGAGACUUCACCAGGAGCGUCCAUGGAGUGGCGGCCACCACUCAGAAUCCGGCGAUCAUCGACUGUGCGGAUAAUGUGGUCACCAGCUCGGCGCGACUCAUCGAGCAGGCGCAGCGCACGCUGCAAGGAGCUUCCAACCCGGAGGCUUUGACCCAAGCUGGACGAGAGGUGACCGGAGCGCUCUCGGCCACCGUGGAUUGCAUUCCCGGCCAGCGAGAAGUGCACAUUGCCUUGAGGAAUGUCAGCGAUCUGAGUGAAAUCCUAAUGAUGAGCGACUUCCCACCUUCGUCACGUCCAUAUGCCACUCUGCAAUCGGAACUCAAGCAGGUGGCGGAGCAGUUGAGCAGUUCUGGUGGCCAGAUCGUGGGUUCGUAUGCCUCGCCAGCUUUGUUGGCCGAGAGCAGCCAGAACUUUGCGGCCAACUACCGGGAUCUGCUGUCCGUCAGCAUGGAGAUGGCCGGCCAGACGCAGGAGGAGGAGGUGCGCUCCCAGAUGAUCGAAUCCCUGCGCAAUGUAUCCACUCAGUCGUGCUCCCUCCUCUCGACGGCCAAGUCCAUUGCCGCUGAUCCCGGCCAGCCGAACGCCAAGAACCUUCUGCAUGCCGCCGCUCGCAGUGUCACCGAGAGCAUCAAUCAGUUGGUGGAUGCCAGCAUCCAAUCCGCUCCUGGACAGAAGGAAUGCGACAAUGCCAUGCGCAACAUUGAGGCCUUGCGUCUGAUGCUCGACUAUCCCCACGAGCCCAUCAACGAGCUGGGAUACUUUGAUUGCGUGGAGCAGGCCACUGGAAAGUCGAGGAACCUGGGCUAUGCCAUCUCCGAGAUGAUCAACAACGCCAAGCAGUCGCAGCACGUGGAGUUCAGUCAGUCGGUGAACAACGUGAAUGACUCCAUCCAAGGAUUGAUCGAGAGCUCUUCGCAAGCGGCCUAUUUAAUUGGAGUCUCGCAUCCAUCGAGUGUUGCGGGCAGACCGGGAAUCAUUGAUCAGGCCCAGUUGACUUGGGCCUACCAAGGCAUCCGGCAGCAUUGCGACAUAGUGAGCAGCCAGCAGUCCACCAAGCCGCAGAUGAUCUCUGCCCUCACGGUGAUUGCCAAGCACACCAGUUACCUCUGCUCGAUUUGCCGUCAAGCCUCGAUGAACACCUCGAACCCGGUGGCCAAGAACGAGUUCAUUGUGCUGGCCAAGCAGGUGGCCACGGCCACUUCGGAUUUGGUGCAGGCCAUCAAGGCCAUUGAGGAGCAGCCGGCCAGUGGAAGUCGCGAGCGUCUGGUGGAUCCUCUUCUGGAGGCUGUUAAGGCAGUGCGCCAGUACGCCUCCAGUCCGGAGUUCAGUUCCGUGCCCGCCAAGAUAUCGGCGGAGGGCAGGAAGGCCCAGGAGCCAGUCAUCCAAGCCGGUCGCGGUGUAAUCGAUGGAGUUGUCGAGAUGGUAAAGGCAGCCAAAUCACUGGCCCUCUCCCCGGACAACCCACCCGUGUGGCAGCAACUCUCGAUGCACUCCACCCCAGUUUCGGAGUCCGUCAAGCGGUUGGUGGACAACAUUCGCGACAAGGCGCCUGGACAGGCACAGUGCGAGCAGGUGCUGCACACCUUGGGCACCUGCACCCGGGAACUGGACAGCUGUGCGCUGGCCGUCAAUGCCCAGGGUCUCAGCCAGCGUCGGGAUAACAACUUGCACGGAUUCAGCGGCCAAACAAUGAACUCCGCCUCCGAACUGGUGGACAAACUGGAGCCCAUUCGGGUGGCCGGCAAGAACAAUGCCGAGCAACUGGGCCACGCCGUGGGCGAGAUCUCGCGUUACGUGGUGCCCAUGGUGAAUGGAGCGAUCGGUGCCUGCACCCACAUCGUGCACAGCCAGCAGCAGAUGUCGCUGAUCCAGCAGACCCGUUCGGUGGUGGAGAGUGCCAUCACUUUGGUGCAGUCGGCCAAGGACUCGGCUGGCAACCCACGGGCAACUCAUGCCCAUCCCCGACUGGAUGAGGCCAUCGAUGGCACCAGGGAGGCCAUCCAGGAGCUGCAGCAAACCGUGGAGAAGAUCAAUGCGGAGACGGGCAUCGUGACUGGAUUGAUGGAGCAGGUGAACCGUUCCAUCACCCGGCUGACCGACAAGAGGCAGUCCCUGUUGAAUGCCUCGUACUCGGACACCUUCGUGGACUACCAGACGCGCAUGGUGGCGCGGGCCAAGGAGAUCGCCAGCCUGGCCAACGAGAUGAAUGCCAAGAGCAGCGUGGAACCAGCAGCCUUGCCUCAGCUCGCUGUGGAUAUGACCCAACAUUACCAGCAGUUGACCCAGGACUCCGUGGGAGCCAGUACCACCACUUCUUCACCGGAUGUAGCCAUGCGCAUUCGCACCACCGUUAUUGAUUUGGGUCGCUCUGUUAGCUCCAUGAUCCAGUCUUCGGCGGGAGGAGCACGACCAAACGAUGUGGGUGCCCAGAGGGACAUUGCUCGCAAUGCUCGCGAGGUGUCCGAAAAGGUGGCUCAGGUUCUGGCCGCUUUGCAGGCAGGAUCCCGAGGCACUCAGGCGUGCAUCAAUGCCGCACACACGGUAUCGGGCAUCAUUGGAGACCUGGACACCACCAUUAUGUUCGCCACGGCGGGCACUCUCCAUUCGGAUGGAGAUGGCAGCUUCGCCGAUCAUCGCGAGCACAUCCUCCAGACGGCAAAGGCUUUGGUGGAGGACACCAAGGUGUUGGUGACCGGAGCUGCUGGAACCCAGGAUCAGCUGGCCAACGCUGCUCAGAAUGCUGUCUCAACCAUAACUCAACUGGCUGAGGCUGUUAAGAGGGGAGCUUGUUCCCUGGGAUCUUCGCAACCCGAUUCCCAGGUCAUGGUCAUCAAUGCCGUCAAGGAUGUGGCCUCCGCCUUGGGUGAUUUGAUCAACUGCACUAAGUUGGCUUCCGGAAAGUCCUUCAAUGAUCCCUCCAUGCAGGAUCUCAAGGAGAGCGCUAGGGUGAUGGUGCUGAAUGUGUCCUCGCUGUUGAAGACUGUGAAGGCUGUGGAGGAUGAGCACACGCGCGGAACUCGCGCCAUGGAGGCCACCGUAGAAGCCAUCUCCCAAGAGAUUCGGGCCAUGCACACUCCUCCACCAGUGGGAAACACCCAAGUUGGACCCGAAGAUCUCAUCCGAGUGACCAUGAACGUGACGGCGGCCACUGCCAAGGCCGUCGCUGCCGGAACCUCCAAUCUGCAGGCUGAUAUUGUCUCGGCCGCCAAUCUGGGACGCCGUGCCAUCUCGGACAUGCUGAUUGUUUGCCGUUCAGUGGCCUGGAACUGUGCCGAAACGGAGGAGCUGCGCGCACGCACUCUGGAGGCGGGAACAGCUGUGGGUGAAUCCUACCGCGACCUGCUCAGUGGCAUCCUGCACAACUGCAGUGCCGACGAUCGCAUGCAUUUGUCGCGUCGCGUUGCCAAGUGUGUCACCGAUUUGGUGGCCAUGGCCAGGCUGCUGAAGGGUUCCGAUUGGAUUGAUCCCGAAGAUCCAACGGUUAUCGCUGAAAACGAACUGCUGGGCGCCGCUGCCUCCAUCGAUGCGGCAGCCAAGAAGUUGGCCUCACUGCGUCCUCGUCGCCAAGCUGAUGUUAAGAUCGAACUCGAUGAGAACAUGAAGUUUGACGAAAUGAUCCUGGAGGCCGCCAAGGGAAUCAUGGCAGCUUCCGCUGCUUUGGUGCGAGCUGCCAACGCUGCUCAGCGGGAGCUCAUCGACACGGGCAAGGUGGCUCGCCGCCCGCUGACCAGUUCCGAUGAUGGCCAAUGGUCCGAGGGUCUCAUCUCGGCCGCUCGCCUGGUGGCCGCCGCCACUCACAGCCUGGUGGAAGCCGCCCAGAACUUGGUUCGCGGCGUGGGCACCGAGGAGAUGCUCAUCUCCACUGCUAAGCAGGUGGCCGCCUCCACGGCCCAACUGCUGAUUGCCUGCAAGGUGAAAUCGAAUCCCAACUCGGAGGCCGGACGUCGUCUGCAGGCCGCCGGCAAUGCGGUGAUCAAGUCCACCGACAACCUGGUGCAUGCCGCCCAGCAGGGCUUGGAGGCCGAGGAGGAGCACUCGCUGAAGAUCAACACAUCGAUGGUCGAUGGCAUGGCGCAGGAGAUCAACGCCCGGUCCGCCGUUCUGCGCAAGGAGAAGGAACUGGAGGAGGCGCGUCAGCGCCUGAAGAUUGUGCGCCAGGCACAGCGGUACGGAAAGAACGCCCAGGGAUUCACCACUGACGAGAGCGACACGGAGUACGCCUACGGAACACUCAACAAGAGCCAAAACAAUACUUUGGGUCGCAGCGGUUACUACGGUUCCAGCGAGAUGCCCACAUCGCCGAGCCUGGCGUCGCAGAAGCAUCACUACAACUACGCCAGUCCGCAGACGCAGCACUUCCAUCACCCGGGAGCGGUGUCUCCACCGCCCUCCAACUAUCCGCCGAUGGACGAGCCGAGCGGAGAGUUCCCACCACCGCCGCCACCGCUCUCUACGACCAUUUCUAACAUGCAAACCGCCACGGCGGGUCACAGUUUCCGCCCUAAUCCCAAGCUAACAGCCAAUGCCGUGCCCAGGCCCUAUCCGGGCAGUCCGGGCGGCAGCAAUGGCCUAACCUCCGCACCCACCAACUCGUCAGGCGGCCGGGGGUCGCAUCCCAGCACACCCACUAACAGCAACUACCAGCACAGCUUUGAGUCGUCCAGCAUUAAAACGCUAAACUCAUCCCCUCCGGCGGUGCCAAAGAAGCCCACUGUCAACCGGAAUCUGGAGGCGUGUGUGCAGGAUCUGCAUGACAAGACCUUUGGCCAGGGCGGCGUGGUCCAGCUGACGGGUGGAAAUGGAUAUCCCGGUCAGAACUACGAGGGUUACACGUCCAGAUAUGAGACGCGAAACUUUGACAAGUCAGCGAACAAUACCACCAGCAGCAGCAGUGAAGUCAAGCCCCUGGAGUCGAGCUUCUCGCAAAUGACCCUCAACACCGAUGGUGGCAAGAUCAGCAUUGUGGACCAGGGAUCGGAGCGACUCACCUCGAUGACCCAGCGUGUGAUGGAGCGCAAGUCCUUCACCACGACAACGGAAUCCCGCUCGGAGACCAAGACGGAAAAGCAUAGUUUUCGAUUGGAUUAAGCCCCGCUCCAGUUGAAGCGAUUCUAGUUGCUUAAGUAAAUGUUCUAGCUUGGUGGAGAGCAUGUCGAUGUUUGCCAAAAGUGCUUUUAACAUUUACACACCCGUACACAUACUAAUAGAAAUAAUUUAAUAUUAAUUGUAAUUAGCCACUAGCGAAACUACGUCUAUAUGCCUCUACCCAUACCAUAUAAUCAGCCUAAUAUUAACAACCUAAUAUCGCUAUUCGACUUUCUAUGUUUUCGUAAAUCUGUGUUCUACGUGUUUAUUUGCCAUCUAAUUGCCAAUAUUUAUCGAUACAAGUUGCGAGAGCGAAACGAUUUAAAUUCAACAAAAUUACAAUUAACCCAUAAUAAGCGUAACCCUUACAAAUUUGGUUCUUCACUUUGUUGUUAUUUCGAUGCAAUUUAUUACUGUGCACUAAACAUGAAAUAUUUUUUUAAACGUAAGAAAGCUCUUUGUCUUCAACCCCAACGAGGAACAGUCAAUCUAUGUUCUACGAUUGUGAAGUCUAUUCAAUGUAAUCAAUACUUUUUAUUUCUUUUUGUAUAUACGUACGUAUGCGAGUCGUGUAUGCAGAUGCAUAUUUAAAUUGUGUAUUUUUUGUAAAUUAAUAAAAAAAAACAAUAUUUUAACAAGGUG